UUAUUAUCUAAACCUAGCACAGAGUCCGAACGGCCCAGAUGUUGAAACACACACAAGGACAGACACGGCGAUGUGGCUCACGCCUGCUGAUUUAGACAAAAAACAGGCAGGAAAGCGGACAGGAAAGUUGCAAUCUCAAACUGAGGACGAUUCUGUGUGAUUUAGCCGUUUCGUGUCGGGAUUGCUCGGCAUUUCAUGCUCUGGACAUGCGUGGGGCUGGAGUAAGGGGGCUUGUCUAAAGUUUGAACAGCAGAGCUGAAGGUACUACAGACUGUGUGAUAAGGCAGAGUGGGCAGGAUGGCUUCCCCUCUGUUCCUACUGAUAGCCUGUCUGGUCCCAAUGCGUGUCGGAGGGGCUUUAUUUUCGGGACCUCUGUACCCGGAGAUGUCCAAUGGCACUUUUCAUCAUUAUUUCGUGCCGGACGGCUACUACGAAGAAAAUGACGACCCCGAGAAAUGUCAGAUGCUGUUCAAAAUGACCGACAAUCGCAAAUGCACCCUGGACGAGGACCAGGACUCGGUGAUCCGGGACGAUUUUAUCAUCAUCAAGCGGCACAUCGAGGACGCGGCGCGGGUGCUCGAGGGCAUCGGGAAGAGCAUCUCCUUCGACCUGGACGGAGAGGACAGCUAUGGGAAAUACCUGAGACGGGAGACGACCCAGAUCAGCGAGGCGUUUUCGAACUCCGAGAAGUCUCUUCUGGAACUGGAGGUGAAAUUCAAACAGAGCCAGGAAAACGAGCUGAAAGAGGAGCACAAAAUCAACGACGACUUCCUCGACAUGAUCGUGCAUACGCGCGACGUCUUAAAAGAGACACUGGACAUCUCGCUGGGACUGAAGGACAAGCACGAGUUGCUGUCACUCAUCAUUCGGAGUCACGGGACCCGGUUAAGCCGCCUGAAGAACGAGUAUAUGAAGGUGUAGAAGACUGUUGUCUGUUUUCAGUAAGCAGGCAAAUCUCACUCUGUCUUUACGGCGAGGCAUUUACCAUUAAUUCCUUCAAAUUAAGUAGCAUUUUACUUGUACUUGUUUUUAGCUAAUUCCACCCACUGUUAUUUAUUAGUCAUAUUUGCCUAAAGUUUCUAGUAACUAUUCCUGUUGUCCUGAUUUAAUAGCUUGCACGUGUUUAUUCAGUACAGAUUUCAUUUCUGUGAGACAUCUGUGUCGAUCCUAGUUGUUGCUAGUAAUAUAUACUCUCACUAGUUACAGAACACACACUGGUCUAAUAAAUAGGUAGUUUGUAUGUAGGCUACUCAAUUAGUACUAUGAAUAGUAUAGUGAAUAGUUACUAAUAAAAUUGGACAAUACCAGCAAAAAUUUGAACACAUACUAGUCAGAAGUGAAUAGUUAAUGAACCUUGGAUCCUUAUAGAACUCACUGAAAAAAUGAGGAAAAUAUUUGGAAUCGUCAUAGUGAAUAGCAGAAAAUAAAUAAUAUUGGAUGUGAAAUAUAUUAAUCGCUACCAAAUUGGAUUUUCUACCAAAACGAAGUACUAGUAUAACAACAGUACACUCUUAAAAAUAAUGGUUCUUUAUUGGCAUCGAUGGUUCCAUGAAGAACCUUGAACAUCUAUGGAACCUUUCAAAUGCAGAAAAGGUUCUUUAUAGUGGAAAAGCUUCUUUAGAUUUUUUUUUGAAAUUCUUCAAAAUGGUUCUUUUAAGAACUGUUCACUGAAAGGUUCUUUGGGGAACCAAAAAUGGUUCUUCUGUGGUAUCACUGCAAAAAUAACCCUUUGGAGCCUUUGUUUUUAAGAGUGUUUACUACUUAUUUUGAAGGAAUAAAUGUUCUUUCUCUGUAGCUACUUGGCAAAAGUGACGCAGCUAUUUUGUGCAAUAAAUGAAAGCCAGUAUUCACUUAAUAGCAGCAGGCAUACAUGAUGGACAGCCAUUAAAUGUUUUAAACUUGGCAAUAUUACUGCCAUCGAGUUGUAGUCAUUAAUGACAUUUGCAGCUUAUGAUAAUACGACUGGAAUUUCAGUCUAACCAAUAUAGAGGCUUUACCUCUCAGAGGAGACAUACAAAACACUGAGUUAGAGUCAGCGUUGAGUUGCUCACUGUUUUCUCAGAUAUGAUGUAGGGUGUAUUUGUGGAAACUUUUGUUCAUUUGCAUUGGCAUUACUUGAAUGUUUCAGAGAAAAUUCAUGUUGGUUAAACAAAAAGAAUAUAGUUUUCAUUGUACAAAUGUUAGCUGUCAUAUUCAUAUUUAGGUUAUAUAAGAGCAUGUACUUGGAACAGUUUUUAAGCAUUCAGUCUGACAGUCCUCCUAAAGAUGAUGGCAUGAACAUAUUAAAAACAUCAAUUUUAUUAUUAUUGCUUUCUGUGAUACACUUGGAGGAAUGAAAACACAUUUGCUCUACUUUGUACAUGUAAUUAUGUUUUGUGUGCCCUAAGAAAUCUAUAUAUUUUAUAAUGAGCUUUUAAAAUAUUAAACUGUGAGUGUUUAUAUUUAUGAAAAAGCGUAACUGUAUUCAUUUUAUGAAACUGUACGUGUUGCAUUAAGUACUCUUGUAAUCCUCUGAGAAGUAAUGGGAAAAGGACCAUCUGGGAUGACAUAUUCCAGACAAACCAAGAUGACUGCGGGCAGGAUUAUUGGACUUGAAGCGUUCUACCAUGUGUAGUUCCAUUCCUGAGAUAUAUGUUGUGUAUAUUCCUUUUUGUAAUAAAAUCUUCAAGAUAG